UCCCAUCUCUGUUGAAUUCCGGUCACACUAAUCUUGAAAGCUGCACUAAAGUUACGGAAAAAUAAGUUAAUAUUUUUUUGCAUUUAACAAACAAACUCAUCUCGCUGAGCUCUGGUGAUGUCACAGCUGCGCUCCAAAGUUAUCAGCCUCUACAAGCACUUGCAAUAUCUGGGACGUGAGUACCCCGGUCAAAAUGGGCCUCAAAAGUUCCGCAAGCAAAUCCAUGACGCAUUCAUGAACAACAAGGAUGAGAGCGAUCCAAAGAAGAUUGUGGCUCUGUUGGCGCAGGGACGCUACUUAGCCAAAGAGGUGGAGGCGCUCUAUUCUUUGAAGAAGUAUCGGACCGUGAAGCAGCGCUAUAGCUACAAUGAAUAGAUCUGCGAGACGACGGUGACGUUGGCGGUGUUUAUGUUUAUGCUUUGAAAUUCAAGGACUGACGAGGAGAGAGAGGAAUAUGAUAUGCCUUUUGCUUUCAAUAAUAUACACACACACACACUUAUAAUCUUUUGCCAAAGCAAAAUAAAUCCACUCCCAACACACCGCACACCCUAUAUAAUGCUACCAAACUUCCUAUCCCCUAUACAAAAACUAACAAUUCAUAAUUUCGAAUGUCUUGUCAAUGUCUAACUUCAAGUUUGUGAUUGAUGCAAAACCCAACAAAAACAAAAAAAAGCGAAAAAACGGACGUAGCGAAUAAAAGAAGCAGUCAUUGAAUAACCAAAAAAAAAAA